GUACUCGUACGUGUUUGGGAGUAAACGCGUUUCGCAGGACUGCUCGAAAGCUCGUAAUUUGACCGUCACGCAAAGUAUACAUGUACCGAAUAUCCCCACAAUCCCUUCUUUUCUUUUCUCCCUUCCCCAUACUGCCGUGCGGUACCUCACAUUCGUGUUCUUCUUUUCGAUUCUUGACUUCUGGCCGGUCCAUCAUUUCUCUAUCCUAAUUUUAAUUCUACCUACUACCCCAUUGCAUCCCCGGUACCGCCACCAUGUACAAGCAAAUCGUCACUCUCUCGCUCUUGUCUCUGACAUCUGCCCUGCCCCAACGGAACCGCGGCGGCGGCAACGGCGGCGGCCAACGACAACAAGCAACCGCCUUUCAACAAGCCGCCCAAGUCCCUCAGGGCAUAAGCACUGCAACCGACGGCUCCAUGAUCCUCGACGACACAGUCAUGGUCAACAAUCUACCCAUCCGCUUCAAAAUCUCCGCUCCAGCAGACCAGUUCCUACCUGCGUCUGGCGUGCCCGGUGCAGCAGCUACUUCGUCCAACGGCACGCUCGGCGCAAACGUACUGCUGCAUGGUGAUGGUGGACAGAGUUUCUUCGACAUGCCGAAUCAAGCCGUGCAGGCCAACACCAUGGGCGUCGCGCUUCUAGCACCCGAUGACAAUCUGUUCUGGGGCGGAGGUGCCGGCUUGCAGCGAACGGAUGGUGUCGCACACGCGCAAGCCGUAAAUGACUUUAUUCAAACCGAGCUCCCAGCACGUGUCGCGGUCAACAUGUCCAACAUUGUCUUCACAGGUGUCUCGGGAGGCAGUCUGAUGAUGUCUGGUUUCUUCAUCCCAGCGCAAAUGCAAAACUAUGCCAACUCGGCUGUGGAGCUAAACUGUGGUGGCAUGCCUCCUCAGGUCGCGUUCCAGAAUGCGGCCACUGUUAUGCAGCAGACGAGGAUACACUUCCAGUCUACACAGUCGGAGCUUCAGUUACUUCAGGGGAGCAUCCCGCAAGCCGUAACAGCCUACGAACAGCUAGGCGCAGACGCAGGUCUAUCUGCUGCACAGAUCAAUCAGCUGCAGACUGUGGACAACACGCCGCAGGGAGGGCAUUGCGAGUUCGAUGGACAGGAUUUUGUGAGUGGUGUGCAGACCAUGUCGAGCAGCUAUGCAAAUGUUAUGCAGGGUGGCAAUGGGGCGGUGCAGGGUAUUGGAGCGCCGAGUACGGGUGUGGUCACGACGGGUGUUGUUGGAAAUGAGAACUUGCAAUUUGUGGGUGGGAGGAAGCGCGAGGUGGACGUGGAAGCGAGGAGCAUGGUACAGUUGCGGUGGGCGCAGGAUGUUGUUGAGGAGCCGGACUUUCAGAUGCUGGCGUGCGAUAGGAGUUCGUGCUCGGCUGACGAGCCUAGGAUCUAGAUAUCCAAGUUCAGUAUAUAAUGUUGUAUCUCCCGGACCGAUGGCUGACGGUCCUUCUCAAAAAGUUCCCCUAUCGCAUUACUUCUGUGUUCAUUAUCCAUCACUGCAAAGAGCUAGACAUUGUG